CGGUAGGAGCCGUGCACUGCUGUCGGGCUCCACGUGGUUUUUGCCGAGUUCCACCCACAUGGCUGCUCCAGCGGGUCGGCGGAAGAUGUUACCUGAAAGUGAUGAGGGAACUAAAGAUCUAGAGAAGGAAGAGAAACAAAACGGCAUCCCUAAGGAAGAGAAAGCGAAGGGAAAGAAACGAGCGGCCUCGCCUGAAGGCCUCUUGAAGCCGGUGAAAUUGGGAAAAGGUGAGCUCUACAAGGUGCCCACCAACGAGGAGCUGAGCCACCUCAAGGAGACCGAGAACCUGUUCCAUUCCAACCUUCUCCGCCUGCAGAUUGAAGAACUGUUGAAAGAGGUGACCCUCAAGGAGAAGAGAAAACAGAGAAUCGAAGCCUUCCUUCACGAAAUCAGAACCCUGCUUAACAAUGUCCCAGAAGUUCCGGCGAGAGAGAUCACCGACCAGUCCUGGCUCCCCACAGGAGUGAAAGUCCCUAUCCUGCAGCUUCCUUUCAAGGUGAAAGGGAAGUUCCACUUUCUGCCCCCAGUGGAGGUGAACGUGGUAGGGAGUUACCUGCUUGGCACCUGCAUCAAGCCAGACGUGAACGUGGAUGUGGCAGUGAUUAUGCCCAAGGAAGCGUUCCAAGAGAAGGACAACCUCAACCAGCGCUACCACCGCAAGAGGGCCCUCUACCUGGCCCACCUGGCCCAACACCUGGCUGAGACGAACCGCUUUGGGAGCGUGGCCUUUGGCUACCAGAAUGGCAACCAUUUGAAGCCCGUUGUGCUCCUCCAGCCACAAGAUCCUGGAAAGCCAGCCCAAGGAAAGCACAGCCAGCUAUUCUGGUUCCUAAUGAUGGCUUCCAAGACCGUCCAGUUUGAGGCCAGGCAGUCGAUGGAGAUUCUGGAUGACAAAAGGGUGGAUGGCUUUCAGCUGCUCUUCAUGACCCAGAAGCCGCUUGUCCGGACUUUCGAUCACGUGUUUCACCUCCGUCAUGUCUCCAAACUCCAGACGGCUUGCAAGAAGAUGCAGCUGCUCAAUGCGUUGAUGGACCGGGGCGGGAACUAUGUGGCCGCCGUUCUCCCGUUCUUCCUCAGCUUGCUGGAGCGUGGACUGGCCCGGCGGGUGGCGCUCCUGGCUCAUCAGUUGCCUCAGACCCAACCGUGGUCGAUUCACCAGGACCCCCCAAAGCACAAAGACAUCAGUUCCUUAUCCUUCGGACUCUUGCUAAAUCUUGAUUUUGCCAACAGUGUUUUGGAGCGAGGACCGGAAGCAGAUCAAGAUGAGGCCAUGGAGUUUCGGCAAUUUUGGGGCGAGCGGUCGGAGCUGAGGCGUUUCCAAGAUGGCGUCAUCUGCGAAGCCGUUUUGUGGGACGCUGCCAACCUGUGCCAGAAACGACUUAUUCCGGAGCAAAUCAUACGUCAUAUCUUAAAGCUGCACCUGGACAUCCCAGAAACUUCCAUCUCUUAUGUGGGGGCCCUGCUGGAACCCCUAAUUAAACUGGGGCACGAGCCUGCAGGGACUGGUGAGGAAGAGAUGGUCGGCCUGAUCCGCUCCUACGACGACCUGAGCCGCAAGCUCUGGCACCUGGAGGGGAUGCCCUUGACGGUGACGGCGGUACAAGGGGCUCACCCAGCCCUCCGCUACACGGAGACUUUUCCUCCAGUCCCUGUGAAACCAGAUUAUACCUUCCAUGGCAAGAUCAAAGACCGGGCAUCCUUUCUCCCCAUGGCGGGAAAGCCGUGUCCCGCUUUCGUGGCCCCAAUAAAAGUGAUUUGCCAGAUGGAGGGGAGCGGUCAGUGGCCUCGGAACAAGGAGGCCAUUCAGUGCAUCAAAGCCGCUUUCCAGAUGCAGCUGGCAGAAGUCCUGAACCAGCAACACCAUCUGCUGUGCCGCCCAACUGCCACCUACACCGAUAUACAUAAGAGGUUUUCAGGAAUUACUUCUUCUGAGGCCAACACCUCCUCCUCCUCCUCUCCUCGGUCAGGAGAUCAAAACCCCUUCCAGCAAGAAUUCAUUUGCUGUUCAAUCGAGUUAGGAUCGUCGAUCUUCCAAAUAAUCCUUGUCCCGAUCCCGUUACUUUUCUUCCCAAACAGUCUGCAGCAACAAUAUCCGGCUUUUAGCGGCAGUUGCCGUCUCGCCAAGCGAUGGAUCAACGCUCAGCUGCUCAGCGACAGCCUCACGGAGGAGGCCGUGGAUUUAUUAGCGGUUUUCCUUUUCCUCUCUCCGGCUCCCUUCACGGCACCCAGCUCUCCCCAGGUGGGCUUCCUUCGCUUCCUUCACCUGCUGGCUACCUUUGACUGGAAGAACAGCCCUCUUCUGGUGAACCUCAACGGCGACCUCAAAGAGGCAGAUUAUGUUGCAGUCAGAAAUCACUUUAUGGAAGCUCGGCCUCGUCUUCCGGCCAUGUUCAUUGCGACCCCAAAAGACCAGAAACAAUCGGUGUGGACCAGAGAGAAGCCAUCACCUCAGAUCCUUCAGCGCCUCCUUGUUCUGGCCCAAGAGGCCCUUCAGGUGUUGGACAAGCAGUUGAUGGACCCUCUGGGAACCCAGGACGUGAAGAUGGCCUUCCGUCCUCCCUUGGACCUCUAUGAUGUCCUCAUCCACCUGAACCCCAAGCAGGUUCCCAGGCACCUGGAGGCCGUGGACCGGCCCACCGCGUCCUUUUACCGGGGGAUGUUGAAGAGCAGUAGUAGCGCAAAAACCAUUUCUUUCCCAGUGGUGGACUACGACCCCGUGCAGUGCUACCUGGAGGAGCUCCGAGAAGCCUUCAGUGACUUCGCCCUAUUCUUCUAUGACAAAUAUGGAGGAGUCGUUAUUGGGGUUCUCUGGAAGCCUUCGGCCUUUGAACCCCAGCCCUUCAAGGUGAGCGUUCAACUCUUGAGAUGUGAUUGAUUGAUUGAGAUUUAAUUGACACAUCCUGGACAUAAACUGUUUCAACUCUUACCCUCCAAAUGACGCCAUAGGGCACUGCACAUGAAACGACUGGACACAAGUACAGUUUUUUUCCCCAAAUGCCAACAUUCUGUUAAACAACUAAUUCCCCCAACACUGUCCAACUUAUUUACUAAGUCCAACUUUAUUACUUAUUUACUCUUCUCAUCCUUCCCAGUAUCUGUCUCUUCCCACUUAUGACUAUAACCGUGUUGCUUGUAUCUUUACAAUUUAUAUUGUUUUAUUUGUUUCCUAGUAUGAUUUGAUUGCUUAUUGGUAACCUAUGACUAUCACUAAAUG